AUGAAUGUCGGAGUAAACUACAAUGCGCUGGAAGAAGAGCGCAAAAGACAGGAAUUAUUACUUCAAGAACUUCGAGAUAUAGAAAGCAAGUUAUCAACUCCGAGUAUUCGAAAAACUAAUCUUCCCAAUCUUGCUUCACUUGUUGGGGUCGAGUUGGAACAGAAUACUCAAUGUCUUCACUACCUCACCGGAAUUUCAGAACUAGAAAGAUAUAUCAGUGAUGUGGCCGCUCAUUUUGCCGAGCGCUCGAUCGAACUUAGUGAUCCACAAGCACUUCAUAGUAAUGUAUUCAGUUACAAGACCCUCUCAGAUAAUGUCAAAAGUUGUUGGGAUUAUGUGGAACAGCUAACGAUGCUGGCACAAAUACACAUCAAGACUUCGGCUGAAUAUCAUCAAUUCUUCCAUGAGGCAAAUGAAGUUGAAGCAAAACUUGAGAAGCAGUUGCAAACUGCUCAACGUCGUCAGAAUGCCGCAACAGAACAGAAUCGAAGAAUUAAAGAUGUCAGCAAAAUAUCGAAUGAACUGAGAGAACAGUUAGAAACCAUGCGAAAUUUAUGGAGCAGAUGCAUUGCUCUUGUGAAACGCAGUGAAUCCGUGGUUCCAAUUCGUUUGAGGCUUGGAGGUGUCAGUGAAGGUGAAGUAACUCUGGGUUCUCCACACAAUCGAAACGGGCCAGUCAUGGUUAGAGCGCUGGUAAGCCUUACAGGGCCGGAAUAUCGGAUUAAACAAGGCGACUUACUUCAGUUGAUCGAUAAUCAGAAAGAUAGUCAUCUCUGGAAAGUGCAGACGUCUUCAGGUAUUGAAAAUGUUCCCUCCGUCUGCUUCUGGGUAAUGGGAAAUGAUGUCGAAGCAAUAGAAAGAGCGUCCCUGCUCAAGCAAUACUGCAAAAAGACUUGGCUAGAAAUUGCACGGCUCUCUCGGCAAAGGCUCUACUUCGAAUACAUUGAUAUUUUGAAUAAAUUAACUGCAAAAAAUCCAGUGUGCAUCAAACAGAAGGCAUUUACAGAUCUGAUAGCUGAUAUCCACAACCAACUCAUUACUCCAGAAGAGGAUGACGAUCGGCUUCGGAUCGCCUUGGAAAAAUUUCAGCGAAGUGUCAUCUUUAAAAGUCAUUCGAUGCAAGAGGGGGAGUACGCUCUGAAAGAAAUCGAUUUGGUGCGACUUCGAACACCACUAAUGCGAUUACAGGACCAUCUUAUUGCAGUUGGCUUAAUGCAAGAAGAGAUGAAACGUCUCAACGAGUACAUUGAUAACUACCUAAUUGAAGUCAAAAGCGAACAGAAACGUAUUUCCAAGAUGGUGGAUCAUCUAAAACAAAUAACAAAGGAGAGUCAAAUCCAACUUGCCGAUCUGUCAUCACAAUUGAGCUUAUACACAGAAAAUGCGACCAAACGGCCUCAUUAUGCGAUACCCGAGAUUGACGAGGUCUAUCGCAGCAAAAGCCAACCGUUUGAUGUUGAGGUUAGCUCAAGACCUAAACGAAAAUUGGACGGAAAACGCGCAAGAAGUCAGACGGUUCAUCAAUUGGAUGCAAUGGUCCAAAUAGGUAGUAAAUGCAGGUCUAUAGAAACACAGUCCAUCGAUACCACAUCCGGGACUGAUGAUUCUCAAAGAACAUCCAAAAAGAGCAGGAUUGAGACAAGAAUACGCCGACCUCCAGUUCAACGCUGUGUUAUGACUCAAAUUGGCCCAAGCAGUAAAGAGUCAUGUACCCAAGUGGACUCCUCUGAAUCUCCCACAACUGAAGAGUGUUAUGUAACAGAAAUGAUGAAGGCGAAUGUACGUAAAGGAAAUCAAAAUAGGCGGAGAGAUGCGCGAUCCGUCCCUGUGCAUAACAAACGACCAGUGAUUCAAAUCAACAGUUGUACUCAGCUAGGAACUUUAAAGCAUGAAAGAUCGGUUAGUCCAAUUCUCAGUCUUAUCGACUGUUGCCAUCAGUGUCGGAGACGUGGGAUGAGGUGCCGAUUAGUUUGUGAGCACAUUUCAAUGGAAACACCAAGAACGUAUGAUACAAUAGACUCCUACUGUCAAACGCUGAGUAGCUAUGGCUCCACUGUUCGAUAUAUUAACCACGAUUAUGCAAACUCAUGUACUCAGAUUGGUACAAUAACACGAGACUGUGUGCUUAGUCCAGUUGAUUUUGACUCUGUUCCAUUUGCAAGAUGUAGGGAGAUUGAACGACCAUCUAGGGCAGCAUCCCGUCGUGAGAAUGUCUACGUUGAACCAGGGAGAAAGCGAAGACACUCCCAAGAAAUGCAAUGUGUUAAUGUUGAACUUGACUAUACCUCACCUCGUUACGCAAACAUUGCACGAUCUUACCCGAAUAUUGACAGAGUUUAUGAAAAUGCUGUUAAUGCCAGAACACAGAGAGAAGGUCGUUAUGAAGUGCAUGAACGUAGAAGAACAAGAUACAUGUCAGAAACAGAAGCUGGAAGUUCCAAUCAUGCACACGCUGUACCAACAAGAUAUACAACAGAAGCUUCCUACCAUCACACUGCCAGUCUUCCUGAUUUAUUAUCAAGUGAAAGUGAUGUGGUUUAUUCACAAAUUCCUCCAGUUCCACCGAGAAGAAGACGCAACGGUCAAACUGCAGGCUCACCUACACUUAAGUACACAACAGUUGUAGCGCCUGAGAUAUCAAGAAGAAGAGGUAUGGUUGAUCACUGCCACAGUGUUCCUAAUAUUCACGAUCAUCUGGUACAAAUGGACUAUGGUGUCGAUGCAAAUGAAUACCAAACCAGAGAUGUGGUUAUGCUCGAAAACGUUUCCUAUGCACCAAGUGCAAGGAAUAUUGGAACGGUGCAACAUGCCAUUAGUCUACCAAUUAUUGCCAGUCCUUGCUAUGCUACAGCAUGUGUCCCGGUUUGCAGACCUGUUGUAUCCACUUGCAUAGUUAGACCUUGUGUACGAACAUUUUCGACUCAGGUAUGUGAGGCACCCGAAGUGGUAGAAUUUGUACGAGAUACAGGCAUUGCCGAAAUGGAAAUCACUCGUGUUGUUAAGCCAGAACGAAGAUUCAUUCAACCGUCAAUGAAAUUCGUUUCAGUUGGUACACCGGCUCAAAAACACUACGACGUCAGCUGUGAUGCUAUGAUUAUACCUGAAUAUGCAUCGAAAAGAACCCAGAUUGAACUCUUUGAAGAGCCUAAAAUCAUCGAGACACGAAGGGAAGAGCAUGUGUAUAGUGCUCCACCAGAACCGAUGCAAACUAUGACGACGCAGUCUGUGGUAGGGACACAUGGAAAGAAGCUGCAAUUUGAACCCGAGAUGAAUGAUGCUAGUUGUGAAACGCAAAGGCCUGGAUCGUAUCAGAUAAUUGCUUGCCAGAAGGAUAUAAAAACUAGUGGAAAAAAGCUUCAAGUAACCAUCCAAGUACCAGAGCCAAUGAAAUUGGGAAGUGGAGAAGUUUCUCCAAUUAAAAAGGCUGGGCAUGGGAAAAAGUUGCAGGUGAAUUUGGCCACACCCUUACAUGUUGAUGUAACACAAACAAUUGCAGAACCCAAGAAAUCAGUGGCAGAUUUCCAAUGCGACGCCAUACAACCAGCACCCUUUGAGGUUGGAACAUCUCAGUCUAUUUGGGAAGAGGUGCCACAAAUUAUUUCACAACAGGAGGUUGCACCUGUAUUUGUUGCUCCAGUUGCUCUGCCAGUUGAAACACGCGAUAUGGCCAGUGAGACAAUUACGCUAAUAGAAACGAAUGACUUCUCUUGCGAUGCAAUUCCAGCUCGAACGAUGGUAGGCAAAAAAUUGCAAAUAACAGCACAACCUGUGCAUGAAGAAAUUGCGCAAGCUCCAUUAAAAAUCGGUGUUGCGCAAUCAAUUCAGCGGGUAAUUCCAACUAAUGACUUUUCUUGCGAUGCUGAAAUACCUGUCGAGGUGUCGGGAAAGAAGCUGCAGGUGACUCCACCUCCUAUGGAAUCAACCACGACACAAGCUCACUACAUGGAGAUUUUGCCUGAAUCAUUAAUAAUUGCAACCACACAAUCUAAAGCUAGAGCUGAAGUAACAACUAAAGAAUUCGGUUGCGAGCCUAUACCUGUUAUAACUCAGGGCAAGAAAUUGCAGGUUAGUCCAGGACCAAUGUUAAUAGAGGCUGGUCAGGCACUGCAUACAGAAAUCAAGAUGGCCACUAUUGUGGCACAGACGGAGGCAGAGCCAAUAAUGAAAACGAUUGGAAAAAAACUGCAGGUCGAGCCGCCCCCACUGGCUUCAAUUGCAUCUCAAGCAAUUUAUGAGGAACCUCUACGAGAACACUUGCAUGUUGGGCAAUCCCAAUCGAUAUGGGAAGAACCUGAACCAAUAAUUAUCAAACCACUGACACCGGUGGCAGUUGUAAUGUCUGCUCCUCCGUUAACAAGCGAAUUCAGCUGCAAUCCCAUCCCAAUCAUGACAGAGUACAAGACAGUUCAAAUUGUACCAGAACCGGUGGUGACUAAGGACUUCAGCUGCGAUGCUCCCUUAGCAAUUUCGAAGCAAGAUUUCUCAUGUGAUGCACCAGAACCCAUUCAAACAAUAGGAAAGAAACUGCAAGUUUCGCCAACUCCACUAGCGGCGGCCGUUUCACAGUCUAAUUAUAUUGAAGAGAAACCUCCACUUCUUUCAAUUAUCCAAUCUCAAGCAUUCUAUGAAAAAGUUAAAAUUGAACCACUAAUGAGAGGAUCAUCACAAGCUAUAUAUACGGAACCGAAACAGGAACCAUUUCGAAUUGAAGCCACACAAGCAAUUUGGGUGGAAUCCCCACCGAUUGUCCUCAAGCAGGAUAUAAUGCCUGUCUUCUCUGCACCAGUAAUUGAAUCAAAAGAUUUCUCAUGUGAAACGAGACCAAUUGAAAUUCUAACUCAGGACUUUGCGUGUGAAGCACAUGUUCCCGUUGAGACACAAGGCAAAAAGUUACAGGUAUCUCCAGAACCGUUAGUAUCGUCAAUGUCCCAAUCCAUCUACUUAGAGAUGGAAAAGAUUGGUAAAGCCUUCCAAGUGGGUCCUGAGCCAAUGGCCGUUACUGUUGCUCAAGUAACCUACAUAGAACCUAAGGUGAGUGUCUACGAACUAUACUCAGGCCAAGUGAAAGAAAUAGAAAAGAUUGGCAAAAAACUGCAAGUACAUCCUGAAUCAUUGAGUGCAAUGACUAGUCAAGUGUCACUGAAAGAAGUUACAUUGUCUUCGAGUGUGACUCAAACUAUCGAACCUGCAGUGGUUGAGAAAGUUGGAAAGAAAUUGCAGGUUUCACCAAAACCUCUUGAAGUAAGCGUAUCACAAGCAGUCUAUGAAGAGUCUAGACCCUCUCCACUGGAAACAAUUAGAACACAAUCAAUCUGGGUCGAACCGGAACCAAUCAUCAUUAAGCCCGCAACCCCUGAACAAAUUGUUAUGGCAGCACCGGCACCUCUUACAAGUGACUUCAGUUGUAAUCCCACUUUACCAACGACUCAAUUCAAAGGGGUUCAAGUCGAGACAGUACAUCUUGUUACAGCAGGGGCACAGGCUGUGUACGUCGAACCCAAAGCACCAGCAUUAACAAUAGAAGCCGCACAAUGCGCGGCAGUCUCAAUGAAAGACUUCACUUCCGAUGCCCCAUUACCUCCCCAGACGAUUGGAAAGAAACUUCAAGUUACUCCCGCCCCUCUAACUGCAACAUCAAUGCAGGCAACUUACAUUGCAGAGAAGCCAGCUCCCUUGGCUGUUGGAGCUUGUCAGGCAAUUUAUGUGGCACCCAAGCCAGCACCACUAACAACCGCCAUCUCCCAAGUUAAAUUUGUGGAACCUGCACCAAAACAUGUAAAGGAUUUCAGCUGUGAUGCACCUCGACCGAUUGAGACCUUUGGAAAGAAGCUCCAAGUAAUGCCAGAACCACUUGCUUUGGCUAUUUUACAGUCCACUUAUUCGGAACCGAUUCAGCCUAAACACGAUCUAACAGCAGUUCAAGUACCCAUUCAACCAUUGUCAGUAUCUGUCUGUCAGGCAACCUACACAGAGCCACUGCUAGCAGGACGAUCCCAAACCCUGUGGAUAGAGCCAGAACCAAUCAUUAUCAAGGCGCCAUCACCCAAACCAAUGGUAUUUGCAGCUCCACCACUACCACAAACCAAUGACUUUAGUUGUGGUCCUCUUCCUACAUCUUCGGUUGGCAAAAAAUUGCAGGUGUCACCUGAGCCUCUAAAUUCAACAAUAGCUCAAGCUAGCUAUGUUGAAUCACCAAUCGUUGCCUAUGAAACAAAUGUUGUACAGUGCAGAGUGCCUGAAAUGCUCGGCAAAAAGCUUCAAGUUGCUCCUGCCCCUCUAACAGCAAAAUCAAUGCAGGCAACUUACAUUGCAGAGAAGCCAGCU